GGGAUGCUGCGGAGCCAGGCCCGGGAGGAGGACAGUACCAUCCUGAUCGACAUGGCCCUCGGCUCCGAGAGUGGCGACUCCUACGGGAGCACAGCCAGCACCUCAGAGCUGAAUGGACACAAGGAGGCCGCCCACAGGGUGGGGAGCCCUUCCAAGCCCCAAAUAGGGGACUUUGUCCUCGUUUGGGAGGAAGACCUGAGGCUGGGUCGGCAGCAGGACAGUGCCACCAGGGACAAGACAGACACACACGCGGCCUGGAGGGAGACCUUUCUGGAUAACCUCUGUGCAGCUGGGCUGCAUGUGGACCAGCGCGACGUCCAGGACGAGGAGGGCGCCGUGCACUACAUCCUCCUCAGCGCCCCCUGGGCCGUGCUCCGCUGCUACGCGGAGGACCUGCGCCUAAAGCUGCCCCUGCAGGAACUGCCCAACCAGGCCUCCAACUGGUCGGCGGGCCUGCUGGCGUGGCUGGGUAUCCCCAACAUCCUGCAGGAGGACGUGCCUGAUGUGCCCCCUGAGUAUUACUCCUGCCAGUUCAAAGUGAGCAAGCUGUCAAGGUUCCUCGGGAGUGACAACCAGGACACCUUCUUCCCCAGCACCAAGAGGCACCAAAUUCUGUUUGCCACCCUGGCCGAGACCCCACAUGGCCACGAGAAGAAGGGCCUGUUCGGGAUCGACCAGCUGUCGGCAGAGAGCGUCUUCAGCGCAGCCUUCCCCCUACACGACGGCCCAUUUAGGACGCCCCCAGAGGGCCCACAGGCCGCAGGCCUCACCCAAAGGCAGGCCCUGUUCCAGUACUGGGCUCACUGGUGCAAGUGGAACAAGUACCCGCCUCUGGACCAUGUGCGCAGGUACUUCGGGGAGAAGGUGGCCCUCCACUUCGCCUGGCUCGGGUUCUACACAGGCUGGCUCCUGCCGGCAGCGGCGGUGGGCACUCUGGUGUUCCUGGUUGGCUGCUUCAUGGUGUUCUCAGACAUACCCACGCAGGAGUUGUGCAAUAGUGAGGACAACUUUGAGAUGUGCCCGCUCUGCCUGGGCUGCCCCUUCUGGCCGCUCUCCGGCGCCUGCACCCUGGUCCAGGUUGGCCGGCUCUUCGACCGCGGAGGCACCGUCGUCUUCAGCCUGUUCAUGGCUCUGUGGGCCCUGCUGCUCCUGGAGUUCUGGAAGCGCAAGAGCGCCACACUGGCCUACCGGUGGAGCUGCUCCAACUACGAGGACAUCGAGGAGAGGCCUCGGCCCCAGUUUGCCGCCUCGGCCCCCAUGACAGCCCUGAACCCCAUCACUGGUGAGGACGAGCCUUACUUCCCAGAGAGGAGCCGCUUGCGCCGAGUGCUGGCGGGCUCCAUGGUGGUCGUGAUGAUGGUUGCCGUGGUCAUCAUGUGCCUUGUGUCCAUCAUCCUGUACCGGGCCAUCAUGGCCAUCCUCAUGUCCAGGUCGGACAACACCCUCCUCGCAGCCUGGGCCUCGCGCAUCGCCAGCUUCACGGGGUCGGUGGCGAACCUGGUCUUCAUCAUCAUCCUCUCCAAAAUCUACGUGGCCCUGGCCCACAUCCUGACAAGAUGGGAAAUGCACGGCACCCAGACCAAGUUCGAGGACGCCUUCACCCUCACGGUGUUCAUCUUCCAGUUUGUCAGCUUCUGCUCCGCACCCAUCUCUGUCGCCUUCCUCCAGGGCAGGUUUGUGGGACGCCCGGGCAACUAUCACACCUUGUUUGGGGUCUGCAACGAAGAGUGUGCAGCUGGAGGCUGCCUCGUUGAGCUGGCACAGGAGCUUCUGGUCAUGAUGGUGGGCAAACAGAUCAUCAACAAUGUGCAGGAGAUCCUCAUCCCGAAGCUACAGGGCUGCCGGCAGAAGUUUCGGCGGCGCUCCAAGAAGAGGAAGGCGGGGCCCUCGGAGGAAGCGGGGCCCCGGGAGGCCGACUGCGAGCUUCUGCCCUGUGAGGGCCUGUUCGAAGAGUACCUGGAAACGCGUGGGGGCCAGGUCGGCCUCGUCAGCAUCCGCGCGGCCGCCUGCCCGCUCGCGCCGCUCUUCGCGCUGCUCGACACCUGGGUGGCGGCCCGCCGCACGCGCAAGUCCGUCUGCCAGCCCCGGCGGCGGGGGCCGAGCGCGCAGGACAUCGGCCUCUGGGCCCACCUGGCGGCCGUCGCGCACCUGGCGGUCGUCAGCCACGCCUUCCUGCCGGCCCUCACGUCCGACUUCCGGCCGCGGGCCUACCACCGGCGGACCCGCGCCCGCGACCUCCACGGCUUCGUCAACUUCACGCCGGCGCGCGCCCCGCCCGCCUUCGCGUCCGCGCACAACCGCACGUGCAGGUACCAGGCUUUCAGGGAAGAUGAUGGGCAGAGUUCCCCGACCUACUGGAAUCUUCUGGCCAUCCGCCUGGCUUUCAUCAUUGUGUUUGAGCACGUGGUGUUCUCCAUUGGCCGGGUCCUCGACCUCCUGGUGCCCGACAUUGCUGAGUCUGUGGAGGUCAAAGUGAAGCGGGAAUACUACCUGGCCAAGCAGGCACUGACUGAGAAUGAGUGGCAUGGCGCCCGGCCCGGUGCUCUGCCGUGGCACGUGACAGACCACGGUCAGUCCCGUCACUCCCUCCUGCACCCUUUCCUGGGGACAGGCUCUCUCUGGAACAAACUGACAAAGGACAGCAGCUCCCUGGACUUGGAGAGGAGUCUGGGCCCACAGCUUACACCACCAGGAGUCAGCCAUGCCUGA